AAGUUGGAGGAAUUAGAAGAAGAGAAGGAAAAAAGAAGAAAGAAAGAAGAAAAAAGAAAGAAGAAGGAGAAGAAAGAGAAAAAAGGAAUGUGUUGAUGAGAAGAAUGGAUAGUAGGCGAAUGUUGAGAAAAAUGUAUAUAGAAGAGGAUGCAAAUGAAGAAAAAAAAAUGAAAGACGAAGAAGAAAUAGAGGAAGAAGAAGAAAUAAAGAAGAAAUAG